AUGAAGAAGUGUGAUAUAGAACAGUUGUAUACACAGUGUAUUCAGUUAUGUAACACGAAGAAAGUUACAAAGAAAAACGCAUGGGAAAUGCCACUGAUCGAUAUUAUGGAAGAAGUCAUUAACGACAAUAAAAAAACAACAUUUCAAACUGCAAGCACAUCAAUAGACGCAUCACUCCAAAUUUACUCGUGUCGAGUUGAUGAUGUCUACCAGGCGUUUUAUAGUUUUGCAAAUCAUUUAAAUGUGAAUAGCGAGAUUGAAGAUGACGAAGACGCAUAUCCCGAAGUCUCCGUACACGAAAAAAAGAACAAAAAAAGAACGAAAAAGUGCGAAACACUCGAGAAAAAUUCAACCAAUUUGUUAAGUGUCAAGAAAGGGAAUGAUCCAAUGAAAAGGUACACACUGGACCUUCUUAUGAAAGUUUUUCUUGAAGAAACUUCGUUUACUAAAUACCAAGUCAGUGGUGGCGGGAGAAUAAAAGGAGAUUGGAAAGACAAAAUGAGUAUUGAUGAUUGUGAGAUUCCAUCUAAAGAGUGCGACGAAAACAAAAUAAUUGACUCAUCCUAUAUCAAUUUCGACACACUGGAAAAUUGCUUUUCGCCAAAAGAAAUAUCAAAGGCUCCAUGUGCUAUCACCCCAAAGAUGGAAUGUGACGCUAUGGAAGAUCAAAGUCAUGACGUCGAAGCAAUCGAGAAUGACGCGGGGAUAUCGCGAGCCGUCAAAGAGUCGCUUAAAGAAAAUGGAGACAUUCUUGGGAUCUCUGUGAAUGAGGGAGGAUAUACGUAUUAUGCACCUAUGGUGUUCAAGGAGUGGGUGAGACGCCCCAAAAAAGCUAAGGCGCCUUGUGUGCGAGUUAAGAAGAGUGACAUCGAUUUCACAAAAUGUGUGCCUGCAAUGAACUUGCCCUCAGAAGACCAACUCAAGACUUUUGUGAGUAAAAAAAGAAAAGGGCUGGAAAGUGGUUCGUGUUUGGAUGUACCUUUGUUACUCAAAUGGACAGACGAAUACGAACCCCUCCCAACUGAUCCAUGGGAUCAGGACGUAAGAAUACCUUCCAUUCCGCAAAAUUGCGAAAUAGAGAAAGAAACCAUUAGCAAACUAGAAGAAACCAACAUGAAUGAGAAACAAUCGAGUAUAAUUGACGGAACCAUUGAUAAUGGUUUUGAAAAGAGAGAAGAAGAUUGUGAGACGUUCAGAACGGUCGAGGCGCCACGGCUAUUCAACAGGAUUGUAAUAAAGCCUGUCGACCACCCAAAGCUGCUCGACUACGAAACACUUGAAAAAAUGAUCUUUGAAUUUGUGAAUUCUUCCCAAGAAAAUGUGUCACUAAUCGAUAUCAUUAAACACUUACACAUGAAUCUCCCACAAAAUCUCGCAAUUGAGGCAACUCCACAUUACUGUUUUGUCGCGUUGUUAGUACUGGCUAAUAAGAAAAAAGUGAAGUUGAUCAACGAAACAGUCAACAAAUUGUUUGUAACACACUGA